AUGCCGCCUUCAGAAGUGCAAAAGAAGGUUGGACAGCUUUUCGCGGUCGGCUUCCAUGGCCUGACGCCAAGUCCCGAAAUCAAGACUCUGAUCCAUGAUUAUGGCGUUGGUGGGAUCAUUCUCUUCAAAAGGAACGUUCGUGAUGCAGCGCAGCUCCAGGCCCUAACACUCGCCCUUCAAAACGAAGCCAGAAUUGCUGGUCAUGAGCAUCCUUUGUUUAUAGGAAUCGACCAGGAGAAUGGACUUGUAACCAGGAUUUCUCCCCCUAUUGCUGCCCAACUCCCGGGCCCAAUGGCUUUGGGGGCCACCCAUUCCCCAGAGCUUGCCUAUCAAGUGGGAAAGGUUACUGGCGAAACUCUGGGCUUCUUUGGAAUCAAUAUGAAUUACGCUCCCGUCUGCGACAUCAAUUCUGAGCCGCUGAACCCUGUGAUAGGGGUACGCAGUCCAGGGGAUGACCCAGAAAUCGUGGGUCGAUUCGCAAGUGCCACCGCCCGGGGCCUCAGAGAGCAGAAUGUUGUGCCUAGUGUCAAGCAUUUCCCCGGGCACGGAGAUACAGCUGUUGAUUCUCAUUAUGGACUCCCUGUUGUACCAAAAACAAGGAAUGAUCUAGAGCGUUGCGAAUUAAUACCCUUUCGCCGUGCGGUAGCCGAAGGUGUCGAAGCCGUAAUGACGGCGCAUAUUGCCUUGCCCGCCAUUGGUGACGGUCAGCUUCCCGCUACACUUUCUCCUGGCGCCUUAAAUAUUCUCCGCAAGGAUAUGAAAUACGAUGGAAUGGUGAUCACGGACUGUCUGGAGAUGGAUGGCAUUCGCGCCACAUACGGUACAGAGCGCGGCUCAGUCCUCGCAUUGAAUGCGGGGAGUGACAGUAUCAUGAUUUGCCAUACCUAUUCAGUGCAGGUAGCCUCAAUAAAAGAAGUUGAUCAGGCAGUGCAAUCCGGUACAAUGCCUUCUUCCCGUCUGGACGAGGCCUACCGCCGGGUUACCAAGCUGAAAGGCAACUUAUUAAGCUGGGGUACUGCGUUGCAACCACGGGAUAUGGAAACCUUGGUUUCACUCAACAGAAAAGGCUCUCAAUUGGCCAAGGAAGCCUAUUCUCGCUCUGUGACUCUUGUUCGCAGCAAGCCAAAUGUUCUUCCCCUGUCCAAAUCGUCAACUCUCGUGUUUCUAUUCCCAGGUGCAAAAACUCCAGCAGGUGGCGCAGUAGACGGAGAAGGACUGGGAAGAAAAGGAUCAUAUAACGCCACUGAAUUUGUUGACAUUCUCCGACCUCAUAAUCAGUCUGUUGUUGAAAUUCGUUAUGGGACAGCAGGUCUAUCAACUGAAGAAUGGGGCCUUGUCGAUGCUGCUGACGCUGUUAUCUUCGUCUCUAUCAAUGCACGGGAAUCACCGUAUCAAAGUUCCUUGGGUCAGGAACUGCCUAAGCACACUCGAGCACUAGUCACGGUUGCAGCUUCCAAUCCCUAUGAUUUCCUUGAAGAUGAAAGCCUUGAAACUUACAUUACCACCUAUGAGCCAACUAUUGAAGCGUUCACUGCUGCUUUGGACGUGAUGUUCGGCUCGACGGUUACCAAGGGAACUUUGCCAGUUGGGCCUGGAAAGACUGCGCAGUCCCCAAUUUCCAUUUCUUCUUUCGAUGCCGCAAAUGAUCUUGAGCAACUAGCCAUUGUCUGGAAUGCCGCCUUGCCCAGCUAUCCGUUGUCAAAAGAGACUUUACAGAGGCUGGUGGUUCGACCCAGUGGGCACCAUUUCGUCGCUCGUGUGGGCUCUACCGUCGUAGGAUUCUGCCUUGCUUAUACAACAGUAAAUCGAGGCAAGAUCUCCGGCCAACUGGCUGUACUUGCAGUCGAUCCCAAAUAUCAGAGCCAGGGAGUCGGGACUCGUUUGCUAACAGAAACACGCUCAUGGCUCAGGAACCAUCUCAACCUGAACAAUCUCAUCGUAGGCAGUGCGUUUCCAAGAUUCUGGCCUGCGAUCCCGAGGGAUCUGCCUCAAGAAGUACAGGAGUUCUUUAUCCAUCGCGGCUUCCGGCUCAAUCCACCAGUCCCUCGUUCAGUUGACCUCUACCAAGACAUUGUGAACUUCCAGGCACCGGAGAAAUACAUUGUUCGUGCCAGAGAGCUGGGAUAUACCUUUGCUCCUCUCCAGCCUGAACAUUACGAGGAAUGCAUAGCUGCGCAAGAGCGAAACUUUUCUAGCUACACCGGCUGGGUUGAGGCAUACGUCGCCCUCAAUCCCAAAAAUUGCCCAUCCAGCGUGAUGGUUGCAUUUGACCCACAGGGAAAACAGGUCGCUUGGACAUUGAUGCUACCUCCUUCCUCGCCCCUUCUUGAGCGCGACUGGGCAUUUCCACCUCUAUGCGGUCCCAAAACCGGUCUGAUUGGUUGCGUGGGCGUCGACUCGGCGUAUCGAAAGGGUGGCAUAGGGCUUGCUCUACUUUGCCAUGCGAUUGAGGACAUGAAGCAAAGAGGCAUCGAGGGGGUUUUUGUCGACUGGGUGAGUUUAGAUGGCUGGUAUGAACAAGUUGGAUUCAAGGUCUGGCGCAGCUAUCGAACAGGGGAAAUCUGA